AAUUGCGUUGGGAGAAGUCCACACCGAAAGAAAAAACGCGAUAAUUGUUAUUGUUAGUAAGCUAACCUGUGCCGAUGGUUGAAUGCUUAAGCCGCACAAAAUGACAGAUAAUUAACAGAGCAUAACAAGUGCCUGUGUCCUUACGACGAAAACGUAGGCUACAGAUUGCGAGAUGGAGGAUGGAAAUUUGAACGACUCUGCACCCACGUCCAAGAGUUCCCACCACUUGCAGACUCCCAAGAACGAGGAUGCCUAUGAAAUCGCCAUUCCUUUUGAGGAGGACAACUUUAUACAACAACAGCAAAGUUUUUUCAGCCAGAAUGAAACAAACUUUGAAGAGUCCCCUACCCCAGCAGGCCCCCCUGUGGCAGGCAGCUCCUACCUGCUCAUCACCAACCUGCGGACCCAGUUGCAGAUCUCCCUAGAGAAGAACUCGUGGCUGGCGAAACGCAUCGAGGACCUGGAGGAAGAGAGGGACUUCCUCCGCUGCCAGCUGGACCGUUUCAUCUUCUCCACCAAGACCCAGGGGCAGGGGCAGAGCCAAUACAGCAACGGUUAUGGGUCGAGACGGUUCACGUGGAGGGGAAGGAGAGAGGGAGACCGCCCUGCUGAGCAGAAAUCGGACUCCCGGCCCUUCGCCUCUCGUCAGUUAUUACAACGACGACCAGCCCCGUCCUCAAUGGCGCCUCCCAAAAACCACACCUCCAGCCCGAUAGCCAGUCAGAUUGCUUCCAUGAGUGCCAUGUUCAGCUCAGGAAAUUCCCAGACUCUGCUGCAGGCCCACAACAGUGUCGGGGACAGCGGCAUUGGCAAUAGCAGACAGAGCAUAAAUGAUAUGACUGCGCAUGGAAGUGCUGCUCCAGAUUCUCUCUCGCUCCUGGGAGAGAGUGAUGAGUUUCUGGAGCAGGACAGCUACAUGGAUGAGGAGGAAAUGAUCUCAGGGGAGGAUGUGAUGUCACAGAGCAUGAGCAGCAUGCACUCGCUGAAAAGGCGGCGGAUUUUCCAAGUUCCGAGGGAGCGACAGAGAGUAAAAGAUGCUGCCGGGGUGCUUUUCCGCUACAAGAAGAUCCUGCUCACCUACCAGCACCUGAAGAACAUGUCAAAGGCCUUCCAGAUCCACGGGGUGGACCGCAACACGGUGGCCUCCACCACUCCCAUCGCCGAGCUGCUGCUGGUGGCUCCGGAGAAGGUGGCGGAGGUGGGGGAGUUUGACCCGUCUAAGGAGAAGCUGCUGGACUACGCCCGGCGCUGCUACAUCGCCCUGGACGAAGAGACGCUGACCAGAGUACAGGCCCUGAAGAAGAACAACCUGCUCCUGCCCAUCUCCUACAGGUUCAGACACUGAGAGAGCCUGCUCGGGGACUCGCUCUGAGACUAGAGGAGGGGGAGGGGCACGGUGCUUUUGCUGCAGCAGAGCGGCUGAGCUCCCAGGUGCACUGACCUGAGCCAGGUGGAGCUUUGUGGUUUCCAUGGCGCCCGGGCAUGAAGAGAAGCAGUUGCUGCAGCUGGAAACGGAGAUCCCUACUCUGGAACAAGACCAGGACCUUUUUAUCUCUUCCAUUCCUUCCUGGGUUAUGUGACAUAUCCACGAGAUUGAGCAAUGUUUGGAAGGUUACAUGUGGUGGUCGACUAUGUAACUAAGGGAUGGGAACCCCUUUCCCUGGAAGUCCAUGUUGAUGUUAGGUUUUCCUUUUCACCCAGGUGAUAAUAAGAGUCCCUUCUGAAUCAGUACCCAGAUAGACGUUAAGACAUAAAACAACAACAGCCAAGCUGCUAUCAGCAGCUUGAAUUUGAGUAGCUCUGGACAUUUUGCUGAAAAUCAUUCAAAAUCCAAAGGUCAUGAACUGUGGCAUUCCUUAGUUAACCAGAGUGAGUGAACUGAGUGAUUCUUAAACUAAGAUGAAGCCUUGUUUUGGGAGUAGAUUUGGAACUUACAUGUAAACAGACCAUGUGACUGUAUGUAUGUUUAAUACUGCAGCAUAUUUACAUACAGUUCUCUUCAUGAGUACCACAUGACACAUGGGAUGGCAAGUUUUUAUGCAGGAGGUUUCAAGGACUGGCCGUGGUGCAAUGUUAAUAUAAAUGCUAUGAGAUCAAUUUUGGAAAUGGUUGCUGUAUAUUUCGUGACAUGGUACAAACGUUACCCUUUAUGUCUUUGUGUCACAAUAGUCUUUGACUUCACAUACUAUAAAAUUAUGUUGAUUUAAAAAAAAGUUGCCUAGCACCCUCCACAGUAAAAAAUAAAUAAUAAUAUUCCAGUACUUUCAUUUUGUUGAAUUAUCUUUUGGAAAAGCAUCCGCCAGCUAUUGGACACUUUCCAGAACACAAAUCCUGAUCCGAUUGUGAUACUCUAGUGUCUAGUCUGGGAGUCAGAUGGCUGAGUGGUGAGGGAGUCGGGCUAGUAAUCAGAAGGUUGCCGGAUCGAUUUCCCGCCGUG